GAAGAGCUCGCUGUUCCCACUGCUCCACAGGUUUCGUUGGCUCGUCAGUAUUACGCUGAUGAGUGCGAAUCUGCGAUUAACGAGCAGAUUAAUGUGGAAUACAAUGCUUCCUAUGUGUACCACUCCUUGUUUGCAUACUUUGACAGGGACAACGUAGCUCUCAAGGGAUUUGCCAAGUUCUUCAAGGAAUCAAGUGAAGAAGAAAGAGAGCAUGCUGAAAAGCUUAUGAAAUAUCAGAACACUCGUGGUGGAAGAGUUGUUCUUCACUCCAUCAAGAAUGUACCCUCAGAAUUUGAGCAUGAGGAAAAGGGGGAUGCAUUACAUGCAAUGGAAUUAGCUUUGUCUUUGGAGAAGUUGGUGAAUGAGAAACUUCGGAGUGUGCACAGUGUGGCAGAUCGCAACAAUGACCAUCAAUUGGCAGACUUCAUAGAAAGCGAGUUUCUGUCUGAACAGGUUGAAGCAAUUAAGAAGAUAUCAGAGUAUGUGGCUCAACUGAGGAGGGUCGGAAAGGGUCACGGUACGUGGCACUUUGAUCAAAGUCUGCUUCAUGAUGGACAUGCUGCUUGAAUAGUCUUUAUAGUUCUCGUUUACAUUUACUCUUCAAUUGCCUUCUGAGUUGUUUUCUAAUUUGGAAGUAGAAUUUAAAUGUUUUUCCUUUGUAUUGAGGUGUAAGAACUUGUAGUCUGAUAUGUAAGAACUUGUAGUCUGAUAUGUAAGAACUUGUAGUGUUGUAGUACUGUGGCAGCAAGUAUGUAAAAGACUACAUGUUAUGCAAUAUCAUUUGAUAUCUCUUUCUCCUUUUCAA